AUGAUACAGGCUUUCACUUGUACUGGUUGGCCGACCAACACGGCGGACACAGGCGGAAGAAUUGUGACUGAAAGUCUGGGAGUUACUACGUCAUGGGCGACGACUUGUUUGUGGAAGCGGCUCUUCGUUUGGUUUGAAGACAAGCAGCUCGAUCUUGUUGUAGAAGAUAAUCACCGUGGCUACAUUCAGAAUUUGAGUCCUAUAAAACGCUCACGAAAUCAAAAUCAGUGGUAUGAUUUUGAUUUACAAACCAGCCCAUCAAAAUUGAGACGAGUUGUAGGAUUUAAUAUUGCAAACCACUCCAUGCUACAAGAACAUGAAGCGUCAAAAACAGCUGUAACCCUCAAAAACACUAAGCAAAACAGCAACAAUGACAUCAUAUUCAACCAGCAAUCAACAGUAAGGGUAACACCAACCUUUGAUAUUGAUUUUGAUUACAAACCCAUCAACAAAUCCCAAAAGACUGAGCCCUCAACUCAGCCUGCCAAGAAGAUUACACUUGAGGAGCUCCCCACACUCCAAGUCAAUCAGAAAGUAAAUGUCACUGCUUCCAUUUCACUGGGAAAUGAAAACCCUAAACCUGUGCAAUUGAAAUCCUCAAGUGAAAUGACAACUGUAAAGGAAGACUGUGUCCUGGAGGAUGAAACUGGAACUGCUACUAUUCAUAUAUGGGAUCCACUUUUCAAGAACAUCAAAACUGGCACCACAUAUGAGUUUGAAAACCUUACUGUAAAGCACUUCCAAGGGAUCACUCAUCUGGGAACAACCCCUACAACAACGUUUAAAGAAGCCAAUCAACAACUGAAACCUAUAAAUGGCCCUGCAUUACUUGCAAAUCCAGAGAAAGAAGCAAAAGUAGAGAGCUUCAAAAUGAUCAACAAACUAAGCAUUUUCAUCACCUGCCAAGCAUGCAAACGCAAAAUUAAUGAAAUCUCCCAACAGAACACACUCAAAUGUAAAAACUGUGGAGUCCAACAAAGAAAGAUGCAAUGCAAACGAGAUGCAUCUGUUCAACUACUUGUACAUUUGGAUGAAAAGGACAUUUGGUUAACAGCAUUUACAGAUGUCUUGGAGUCCCUCUUCGCCACCCACCCGACAAUCUCAUUACUUAGUGACUCGGACACAAUUGAAGAACUACUUAUGGAUCUUCAAGACAUAGAAUUCAAAUAUAAUGUUAACAGAAAAGUGAUCACUGAAAUAUCAUCAUCUUCACUGUCAAGUUAA